UUUAAAAUUAUGAUUUUAAUUUUUACAAAAUAUUAUUGAGUGCCGAUAAUACAGAUAUUUAUACGAGUUAUAGAUGUCGCUUACUGUAUUUCUGUUUGAACGUACUGUACUGAAAAUAAGCGCGAAAACAACAAGCCACCGUCUUGUCACUUUAAGCAACCAUCAAACAUUCAACAACAUUUAGUUAAAUAUCAAAAUUAUGGCAAGUUUGUUAGAUCUUUGUGAACAGUACUUCGGUGCUCGUGAUUUCUAUGAGGUUUUAAAAAUUUCAAGAACUGCCAAUGAUAAACAAGUGAAAAAAGCAUAUCAUCAGUUAUCUUUACUCGUACAUCCUGAUCGCGUUGAGGACGAUGUCAAGGCAGAAGCAACCGAGAAAUUCAAAGUACUUGGACGUAUUCAUUCAAUCCUCAGUGACAGUGAAAAACGCAAGAUUUAUGAUCAAUCUGGAGAAUAUGAUGAAGAAAGUGAAGAGGUUAUGAUGCGUAACUGGGCAGACUACUGGAGGUCUCUUUUCAAGAAAAUCACAGUUGAAGAUAUUAAUAAUUAUGAGAAGAAUUACAAAGGGUCAGAAAUUGAGAUUAAGGAUCUGAAACGUGCUUAUAUGGACAGCAAAGGAGAUAUGGACUAUAUCUUAGAGACUGUUCCUUUUACCAACUGUGAUGAUGAACCGAGAUUACACAAUAUUAUCCAAGGUCUUAUAGAGAAAGGUGAAGUACCAGAGUAUAAAGCCUUCACGGAAGAAAAUGAUAAGAAGAAACAGCGUAGAAAACCUGUUUUAUGUACAAGUGUCGGUGAAGUGCAUGGCGAGUGCAGACAUGUGGAGAACCAGGACAUGAUCGAGUACUCCUGCGAGGGUGGACAAGUCACCGAUCUGAACGAUCUCCCUGCGUCAACUGGAAAGAUACGAAUCAGGAAUAUGCCGAUGACAAGGAUAACCGCAGAUACUUUCUCCAGAUUCGGCGAAGACCUGUGGGUACUCAGCUGUUCGGAGUGUCAGAUCCGGGACAUCGAUCCGAAUGCCUUUCAGCGAUUGAACUACCUCCAGCAGCUAAGUCUCGACAAUAACUACUUAACGACCGUCAAGGAAGCCUGGUUCAGAGGUCUCGAUUAUUUAACUUACCUCGACUUGAAUUUCAAUUACAUAGAGACCAUCGAGGAAGGAGUGUUCAGGAACCUGCCCAGCCUGAUCGACUUAAGGCUGGCCGGUAAUCGACUAGAAUGCCUAAACCUGGAAGACCUGACGAACCUGUCAGACUUGAAGAGGAUAUUCCUUACAGAGAAUUCUGAGUUCAAGUGUCCCAACGCCAUCAGCACGUUCCUCGAGAACCGAGGAGUACUUUUCGACAGGGAUCCAGAAUGGGAUAGGAUCCCCAACGACUUGAUCGCUGUGGAAGUGCCGGACGAUUACUACAUCGACGAGGACAUCACUUCGGAGGAACCGAGCACUCCGAUGCCCAUGCAUCGCGAGAGACUGCAUCCGACACCAGCCACACCACCUCCUCCGCCUAUGGAGUCAACGCCGUCGUAUAUACCACCCAGGUUCUACACUACCGAAGAAGUGAUCUACCGUCCAGUGUACACUCCUAACUGGAGAACAACUCCAGCGCCAACGACGGAGUCCUACGAGGAAAGGGUAGAGCCUAGCUCUCCCAGUCCGUACCGCGAGAACGUUAUAAGGCCUUACGUUCCUCCAGCAACCAUAGCACCUAUAGAACCUGACGAGACAACUCAGUCUAACGUUCAGGACACCUUCAGAUCUUGGCCAAUAGUCCCGGAGACCACCAGUGCCAGAUCCGAAUACCCAUUUUAUCCACCCCAUGAGAACGAGGACAGACGUUUCGAGGAACAAUAUUACUCGAGCGAAGCCACGUUCCCUUUGGCACCCGGCCCAGUCGAUCGUCACGAAACACCGCCUUUCGUGGAAUCUGAUGUGGGCCGCGCGACUGGCCCAUAUAGGACCGACUGGGAUGAAAGGAACACCGUUUCAUCCGUCAACGAAGGACCGCCAGAAUAUAACGUCCCACCGACGAACAGUCCGGUUCCGAAUAACGUUGUCCAAUCUUUGCCGCCUACGGCGCCAGAAAUGGUCCACCCGCCCUCGCCAGAUAACACCUUUCAAGCACCCUAUUACGAGCACACGAUCACCGUUCAUUCGCCGCCAUUGGUAGGCAAUCUGCCGGCGCAAGAAGAAAUCACUCCGUCAAUGAUACCGAUGGAAACCACCACCGAUAAGCCCUUGCCCAAUUGCCCGAACAGGAGCGUAUCCUGGGCGAAACAGAGCACUCUAGGAACGAUCGUUGUGUCUCUUCUGGUCGUCGCGAUCAGCCGCGUCCUCGUGGAGGGAUUUUAGCUAAAACCGUUUAACCUCACCUUUGUACGAACUAACGUUAAUUUGUACGAGUAAGCGAACUGUAGCAACGAUGAUCGAAAGUGCGGGUAUGGAGUGAUUAACUGGGUUUAUGUGGAGAGUGUAGAUUUAGCAGUGAUGGUGCUGAGCCCCGUGGGCAAGUGAUGUUUAGGAUUUUUCUUAAUUUGGAAAGUU